UUCUUUUCUCCGACCGACCGCAACUCCACCCCAGAGCAGAUCACAACAGCUACGCAUUUCGCAUCGCUGCAGGCAGCAUUCUAUUCCUUCACUACCCACCAUCCACUCCAAGAAAAGAAAAGGAAAAGAAGGAUAACUAAACUGGGGGAAAAUGGUCCAAGGAUCCCUGAAGAAGAAGUCCGCGAGUGCUGGGCCGAAGAGGCCCACGGCCCUCGGUCCCAAGCCCGGUCCGAGACAAAUUGCGCCCAAGAAGGCCAAGUUGAUUAAGCAGCAGAAGUUGACUAAGAAACUCACGGCGGGUUUGACGGCUAGGACGGAGAAGAAUCUUGCGGAAAAGGCGGGACAUUUGGAAUUGUUGGCGGGAGGAAAGAAGGAUAAGAAGGCGGCGAGUAAUAAGGCCAAGGCAGCAAAAUAGGGGUUUGAUGUUGUCGUUAAUUGGGGUUCGGGGUUGGGUUCGGUUAGGUUGAUUUUGACUAUUCUCAUCUCGCUCAGGUAUAUACAGUGAUAUGAUUAAUGAACAUACGAUACCCUCUAUGUUAACUAAGUAGGGAUGCUCAACCGAAAUC